AAUCUGCUUUUCUUUUUCAAAAUAUAUCUCAGCUACAUGGAACUCCAGAAUCUAACACAUAUCUCAGAAUUCCUCCUCCUGGGCCUCUCAGAUGAUCCAGAACUUCAGCCUCUUCUCUUUGGACUGUUCCUGUCCAUGUACCUAGUCACUGUGCUGGGGAACCUGCUCAUCAUCCUGGUGGUCAGCUGUGAUUCUCACCUCCAUACCCCCAUGUACUUCUUCCUCUCCAUUCUGUCCUUGGCUGACAUUGGUUUCAUCACCACUACGGUCCCUAAGAUGCUGGUGAAUAUCCAGACACACAGUAAAUCCAUCACCUAUGCAGGCUGCCUAACUCAAGUGUCCUUUUUACUUUUUGGAUGUUUGGACAGUCUACUCUUGGCCAUGAUGGCCUGUGACCGGUUGGUGGCCAUUUGUCACCCCCUUCACUACCCAGUCAUCAUGAAGCCCCAUUUUUGUGUCUUGUUGUUUUUGGUAUCAUUUUUUAUCAGCCUUUUGGACUCCCAGAUUCAUUACUUGAUGGUAUCACAACUUAUCUUCUGCACAGACCUGGAAAUCCCUAAUUUCUUUUGUGAUGUCCCUCAGCUUCUCAACCUUGCAUGUUCUGACAUCUCUGCCAAUAACAUAGUCAUAUUUUUUGUUGGGACCAUCUCUGGUUUUCUCCCUAUCUCAGUAAUUGUUUUCUCUUACUACAGAAUUGUUUCCUCCAUUCUGAGACUCUCAUCAUCAGGUGGGAAGUAUAAAGCCUUCUUCACCUGUGGCUCUCACCUCUCAGUUGUUUGCUUAUUUUAUGGAACAGGCCUUGGAGUGUACCUCAGUUCAGCUGUCUCAUCUUCCCCAAGGAAGGAUGCAGUGGCUUCAGUGAUGUACACUGUGGUCACCCCUAUGCUAAACCCCUUCAUCUACAGCCUGAGGAACAGGGACAUCAAGAGCGCUCUGUGGAGGGUUGUCAGCAGAAUAGCCUAA